AAUUUAUUGCCGCCAGAGAAUAGUACGCUUCGAAAUCUCAAAGAGUUAAGUGCUCCCGUCUAAUACUUCGGUAUACUCGUUACUAUUGUUAUUGUUUGAACAUUAAAGUAAAUAUAAUUUUCGCAUCUUUGGGAUACCACCCACAAUAAACGGGUUGUGUAUAGAGUUAAAAAUAUGAACUUAUGAGCAUGUAGUGUGAUACUAUGCAAGUAUCUGCAUACGAGUUUAUUGGUGAUACUUAAUUUGAGAGAUAUUUUGAGAAAUUGCUAUACUGUUCGUUUAAACUAAGUAAUCACUCUCAAGGGUGCUAAUGAGUAUCAUUAGGAAAUCGAUGGUAUUGUAAACAGUUCCAAGGAAGUCUUACCAUAAAUAAAUUGAAUUGGAAUUAAAAAUAAUCUCUCCUCGCUGAAAGUGAAUUUAUAAAUACAUAAUAAUAACACCUUCCGGAUUAUUUCUUGUGGUCUUAUUCUGAUACCGAUAUAAAAAAUAUAAUAAUCAUAAAAUGUGAUAAGAUAAACAAUAUACCCUGUCACUGCGGAGAAAAAGAUAUUUAAUACCAAAUAGAGAAAUUUUGUUAGUGUUAUCAGUUAUCAAUUAUAAAUUCAGUUGUAAAACAACUUUGUGCUAAAUAAAUUAAUUUAACUUAUUGGUGUUUUUUGAAAUGGAUUGACCUUUAAUCGGUUCAACAAACGUUUCUUUAUAUCAAUAAUAAUACAAAUUUCAUAAAGUUCGAAAAAAUGUUGCCAUCAAAUUCUGAGACCAUACAAUGAGGAUACAAAUAUUUUACAAAUGUCAUUGAUUUCAUGUAUUUUUGCUUUGUGGAUCGCACUUUUAUCAACAGAGGCAGCAACAGUCUCGUUGGGUGUAAUUGAUAACAUUUUUAUAAAUAUCAGGACAUUUGAAGGCGAAAUUCAGUUGCAUAUCAGUUGGAACGACACAAUUUUAGAAGAUUGGAACUACAAUGUUUUUGUUGUACCCACGAAUAUAACCGAGCGUUUAUACACGUCAUGUAGUCAAUUGAGUAUUCCAAAGGAUAAAAAACAAGCUGUGUUUCCCAAUGAAGUGUCAACAUUGAUAGAUAACAAGGGAUGUAUCAUAUUACCUGGAAAUUCAUAUGAAGUCAAAGUUGAAACUUCCAAUGCAAAAGUUUCGAAAACCAAACAAAUUGAAAUACCAUAUUGUGUAAAUGAUGUAUGUUCGUGUCAACAUAUUUCCGUUUGGCCAAAAAUAAAUAUGACAUCAAAAAUAACUGACAAAAAUACAGUCGAAGCCAGUUGGACAAUAUGGAUGCCUGUUGGUAAAAACACUUCGAUUUUUCUUGAAGAAUUUCACUUUGAAAAAAUUUAUAUCAGUAUUAGCCAGCAGACAAAUCCGUCUUUGACAUGGGGUGGCAACCAUAUUGUUGUCGAAGAAAAAUUGUUUAGAAUUGCAGAAAACAUCGUUUCAGUGGGACUCGAUUCCUUACAAGGGAAAGCACAUUUUAAAACAAAACAACCACUUAAUCCAGAGCAUUUAUAUCAAAUGAAAGCAUAUCUUAUUGACAACAAAAAUUGCACCGGGCCAAUAGAACCUUUUGUUAUACAAAUGCCCCAUCAUGUUGCAGGACUAAUUGGAAAGGACAUACAAUUAAGUGUGAAAGAUGGCAUCAUAAUAGUUUCUUUCUUAUUUGUUUGUAGUUUAACGUUAAUUGCCUUGAAUUACAUUCGACGUCGAAAUACCAAAAAUACUAAAAAUGUUCCAGACGUUAUGUUCUCUCAAUACGGAAAGAAUUUUUCUCCAGACACAAUGGAGGACAAUAUACUCUACGUUGACAAAGAUGUUGAGGAUGCUCAAUAUAAAGGACUGGCAGACAUUUUUGAAGUUCCUCAUUCAGCUAUAUGCAUUGGUCCAGAAAUCGGUGUAGGCGCUUUUGGACGAGUAUUUAAAGCUACUGCCAAGAAUCUUUUGCGAAUGAGGGGAACAACCAUUGUUGCUGUGAAGCAGUUGAAAGUCAAUCCCACAUCAGAAGAAAUUCAAGAAUUUUUGACGGAAAUCAAUAUGCUCAAAGAAGUUGGACGUCAUCAUAACAUUGUUUCAUUUUUGGGAUGCUGCACUAUACGGGCUCCCUAUAUGAUGAUAAUGGAAUUCGUAGGGCGAGGUGAUUUGCUAGAUUAUCUUCGAACUGUUCGAAGCCGUAUAUCAUCCGAUCAACAGAACGCUAAAUACUCAGGAAAGCAAAACGAAAAUGCUAAUGUUAAUAAUGGAUAUGCGCAAAAACAAGUUAAAUAUGUCGAACUAAAGCGUGCCACACAUUCCGAGCAAUCUUAUGAAUCAGAGCAAGCAGAAACGAAUCUUCGUCCCUCUGUAACUGAAACCAUGUACACUACGCUAAGCGAUAAUUACAAGACCAUAAAUGAAGAGGAAGAAGAAGAAUACAGAUUUGAGUAUAUCCUCGACCACAUCGAAUUACAUAAUUUUGCUCUUCAAAUAGCGAAUGGAAUGCAAUUUUUGGAAGAGCAACAGAUAACCCAUAGGGACCUGGCUGCACGUAAUGUUCUUAUUGAUGAGAGGAAAACAUUGAAAAUCUCGGAUUUCGGACUUUCACGGCAUGGAAUUUAUACAAACACAAAAACGCGAAAGCUCCCUUUACGUUGGCUCUCUAUUGAAGCGAUUCGUGACAACCUAUAUUCCAGCAAAAGCGAUGUAUGGGCUUUUGGUGUAGUUCUUUGGGAAAUUGGAACAUUAGGAGCUUCUCCGUACCCUACUUUAAGCAACAAUGAACUGAUACCAUUUUUGUUAUCUGGACAACGUCUUGAGAAGCCAGAAAUAUGCAAUGAUAAUGUUUAUCAGCUGAUGCUACACUGCUGGAAUGAAGACCCAAUUGCUAGGCCUUCAUUCUCCGACAUAUAUGAGAAGCUACAACCUAAGACCGUUUAUGUGGAUAUAAGUAGUAUAAGUGAUGAUUAUGUUUUCCCACCGAUACAAGAUAAUAUUUAAAUAUGUUCCCAUUUAUCACCCCACCAUCAAUUAAGUACCUAACACAGUGUGUAUAUAGUACAAUGUAUGACCUUUUAAAGAUAUUUCUAUUGAUUAAGUUAAAAAAAAAGAAAAAACAAUAAUAGUUAUAUUUUAUAAAUAUAUUUUGUAGUAGAAUUAUUGUUGUAUACAUUUAAUAGAACAAACAAUUAUAAAUUU